AUGAGGUUACGACUUCAACAGGAGGAGAACCAGUCUAAAGCCAGUCAAGAGGAUGAAGGAGAUAGCCAUAGAAGGAGCGAUCGUCGAGGACCAACUACUCCAGAAGAACCAAACUCAGAUCUCCUCUGGGAGAUGAGAAAGGAGAUGGACGAGCUGAGGAACGCCAUUAAGGGGAAAACAGACCGAAGCCUGGAUAGAAUGGUCAGGACAACAAAUUCGCCUUUCACCAUGGCAAUCUUGGAAUGCCCUGUGCCGUUGAAAUUUCGAUUGCCUCAGCUUGAGCUGUUUGAUGGACUUAAGGACCCCCUGGACCACCUCAACACCUUCAAGACGACAUUAGGCCUUCAACAGCCUCCUGACGAAAUACUGUGUCGUUCCUUCCCCACCACUCUCAAAGGAGUUGCACGGGAAUGGUUCACAAAGUUACCAACAUCGUCCAUCGACAGCUUCGAGCAGUUGGGCAAUGCCUUUUUGCGCCACUUCGUCGGGGGACAAUGCCCGAAGAGGCCAGCAAACCACUUACUCACCAUUAGACAAGGAGAAAAAGAGACCUUGAGGUCGUACGUGAAACGCUUUACUUUGGAGACUCUGGAGGUAGACGAAACUGACGAAAAGGUGCAGUUGACAACCUUUAAAGCGGGUUUGAAGUCCAGAGAGUUUGUGGUUUCACUCGCGAAGAAUCCUCCUAAGACGAUGGCAAUGAUGCUCCUGAAGGCACAAAAGUGCAUGAACGCUGAAGAUACUUUAGCUGCCAUAAAGGAGGAGGAAAAGAUAGGAAACAAGGGAAAGCAGGAAGACGAUCGUAAAGGACGAAAAAGGAAGAGCCCAGAUCGUCAGACUAGUGACGAAAGUAAAAGGAAAGAUGAAAAAACUACUCGAACAGAUGAGCACUACCUCAAAUGGCCAAGGCCAUUACAUUCGUCACCCAACGUGCGCAACAAAAAGAAGUAUUGUCAGUUCCAUAAGGAUCACGACCACUACGAUUGUGGGGACCUAAAAGAGCAGAUAGAGGAACUUAUACGAAAAGGGAAACUGCAGAAGUAUGUGAAGAAGGGGAAUUCCAGUAGGUUCAGACACGACAACAAAACCAACAUGAUUCUUCACCCAGGGACGAGGAACACAUGUCCCAGUGUUCGCCAAGUGUGA